GAAAGAGCUGUGCUAAGUGUACUCAAUAAAAUGUCAUUUAAUUACGUUCAAGUUUAUUAUGGGCCUUGUAAUUCAUUUCACACCACGGUUCAUAAGCCGCAGAAAUUGAGAGGACUCAGAGAUCGCUUACAGAAGCUCGGCUUCAGGGUGGACUUGGUUCCUGUCGAAUACAUAAAUUAUUGUGUCCUUGAAAUGUGCGGUCAUGAGAUAUUUCGCUGCAACAUUCAAAACCUACUCUUCAAUAUGCCGCACACCACGGAUCCUGUCUGCAAUCGCGCUGUACAAGCCGUUGUCGAGUCAUCGGCGAAGUUCAAGAGAGCACGGAGUUACCUCUGGUUCUGGAGGCUCAUCCAGGAACAGAUCUUCUUAAGGAACGAAUACACACCGAGGGAUCAUUGGCCUUUUGAAUACGAGGCCAAAAAUUUUGCAGGAUGUUUGGACUGCGUCAACUGUUGCGGCAUCGAUACGGCAACUAUCUAGUCAUACAUAUUCUAUAUCGUAGAUACGUGUAUACCCGAAAUAAAUCAUUCACCAUAUCCUUCGACAGUCAAUGAUCACGUUCUUACGGAUCCAUCAGAUC